AUGGCUUGUGAGAAGCCCAUCAAUCUCAUAUCAGUGGAACCAGAAGCCACCUCUCCUGGCCGUAGCAGUUCCCCUGCGCUAUCCUCAUCAUCCUCUUCAUACUCCUCCACCGCUCUCUCACCGGCGUCCUGCUCUUCAUCUCAAUCUUCAGCAACUGCAUACUCGCCGGUCACCUCCUCGCCCUCUGAAGAUUACCAUCGACCUACCAAUAUGCUGAAAGUUGCCACACAACCAGCGGUAUACCCAGCCGUGCCCAUGAUAGCACCGCCUGUAACAACCAUUGCUCCCAUGCGGAACCAAGUUGGUCCCAAUAUCAACAAGAGGCCAAAACUAUCCCUACAAACGUCAUGCGUGCCAGUCACCUUUGGGAAAUCAUCGACUGCGCUAUCUCUAGCUGUUACGAGUAAUAGUUGCCAAUCUCCGACUAACAGGAACACCUUCAACAACGCCUACGAAACAUUUCACCGCGCCAACUCUCCAAUGUGUCGCUCGCCGCUAAAGGGGCCCUCCAGAGCUCGCCAACGUGCGCCUUCAUCAUCUUCUGCCAGAUCUGGGACCAUCCAUGCUGCUGGUCCUCCUUACAAGCUACCAAAAGGCAUUCGGGGCAUUCUAAGAAAUUCACCUAUCCCUUCACCUGCCCAGGCUGAGCAGCAACAGCCCCUUUCAGCCUCUGGUGUAUCUGCGGGAACAUACCCUGGGAGCCCAAGCUCAAACAUGUGUAUCUCAGCGCCAUCCAAAAAGCGAGUAAAAUAUCGAUACCCACUUGACGAGGUAAUAAAAACUGUCAAGUUUACCGCGAAACACUCUGACAUCGAGUCAACGAAUCCCUCUCGGGCGAGCUCUCCACUCGGCACAUACUCAUAUAGCUCGUCUGAGGAAGACUCGGACUCAAGUGACUCUGCUUCUGGCGGAUCUACGCUAUCAGAAGACGAGUCAGGGAAUAUUAAAAAGUCUCCCAAGAGAACGAGGAAACAGACUCGGGCAAAUCACAAAAGUUUUCGAAGCGAGAGACAAAUACUCGCUGCCGGCGUUCGAGACGGGCUACUACCUUCGCGGGAGGACAGUCUCCCCCCUCAGACACCCAUUCACCAACGUACCGUCCAGAGAGAAUGGCGGUGGACCCUGGGCCCGAUCAAAGAUGGCUAUGUCCAGCCCUCCAGCCCACCAAGCUCCGACCGUGCAACACCUCCAGCGCCUUCAACACCUCUGGCUGAGAGAAGAAAUGACGAUGCUUGUCGAGCGUUUACUGACAUGACGCCUCCACCGUCACAACGCUCGGGGAUAUGCUCGAGUCCGGUUGUCAAGCCGAGCUUGAGACUGAGAUGCUAG